UGAAUGGCGGGGGAGGGAGGGACGUGUGACAGUGUCAGGUAACCAGGGGCAACCACACAAGCACACCACCAGUGGGCAGCACACAGUACAGCGCCGGAGCCCCCCCAGAUCUACCAUCACAGAGCCAGCCGGCCGAUCCUUCCCUCCAUUGUCAGCCUGGGAUCGGAGCACAAAGGAGGGGAGCUCCGGACUGUACACACCGAGCGGGGAAGUGGAGGAGGGAGGCUGCCAUUCAUGAAUUAAUCAUCGCCGAUCAGCAUGGGCAAAUCCAACAGCAAGCUGAAGCCGGAGGUGGUGGAGGAGCUGACCAGGAAGACUUACUUUACCGAGAAGGAGGUGCAGCAAUGGUAUAAAGGCUUCAUCAAAGAUUGUCCCAGUGGCCAGUUGGAUGCUGCUGGUUUCCAGAAGAUCUACAAACAGUUCUUUCCCUUUGGAGACCCAACGAAAUUUGCCACAUUUGUCUUUAAUGUUUUUGAUGAGAACAAAGAUGGACGGAUCGAGUUUGCAGAAUUUAUCCAGGCUUUAUCUGUCACUUCACGUGGGACCCUGGAUGAGAAGCUGAGAUGGGCAUUUAAAUUGUAUGACCUGGAUAAUGACGGAUACAUCACACGAAAUGAGAUGCUGGAUAUUGUGGAUGCAAUUUACCAGAUGGUGGGUAACACAGUGGAACUUCCAGAGGAGGAAAACACUCCAGAGAAGAGGGUAGACCGGAUUUUUGCAAUGAUGGACAAGAACUCUGAUGGUAAACUGACUCUGCAGGAAUUUCAAGAGGGAUCAAAGGCAGACCCCUCGAUUGUGCAGGCACUAUCUCUAUAUGAUGGAUUGGUAUAGGGAUCACCCACCACAGCUGUAUAUGCCCUGGAUAAUAGUAUCCUUCCUGUGCCACCAGACCAUGUCAGCAGCUUCUCUCCCUCUCUUUAAUCACUCCAGUACGGCGCAAGGAGGAGGACGCCCAUCCCAGCCACCCUUUCGUCUCCAGAUCACCUUCACUAGGGCACUGGCAGUCUCUGGAGAGAGCAGGAGCGCCAUCCUCCGCUCUCAGUACGGUACCAAACAUGCUUCAAUCUUUACAACAUCCCAUUGCCCUCCUGCUGCUUCUUGUGUUUCCUCGCACUCAGAGGAGAAUCGCUUACAAAGAAGACCCAGCCUGUUCCCUCUCGCUCCAGAACUAGGGGGCGCCAACGCACCACCAUCUGGGAGUUCACGCCUCUGUAGACUGUAUAUUCCAUCCACAAUGGCAGACAGUGGCCUCCUGGGUAACAGAAGAGGGAGACAGGAGAAGGUUGUGAGAGACUGUUCCACGAGGCUUUCCCAGUCUUGCAGUAUUUAAGGAAAAAGGACUUUUUUUUCUUUGGGGUCACGGCAGCGGAAUGCUAUGAUAGGACGCGACCGGUUCUGUGUGUGUAUCUGGACCCUUUCGACGCACGGCACUCCAUGGAUUUGGGUCAAUUUACAUGAUGCUGAAUUGUGCUUUUUUUUUUUUU